GCGUGGGGAAGAUGGCGGACGGCAGCGGCGCGAUGGGCGGCGCGUGCAAGCACCACGCGCAGCUGGGGGUCUGCGAGUCGCGCGCCAAGUACCGGGAGGGGCGGAGGCCGCGCGCCGUGAAGGUUUAUACUAUCAACUUGGAAUCUUGUUAUUUACUAAUACAAGGAGUCCCUGCAUUAGGUGUUAUGAAGGAAUUAGUGGAACAAUUUGCAUUAUAUGGUGCUAUUGAAGAGUAUCAUGCUCUAGAUGAAUAUCCAGCAGAGCAAUUUACUGAAGUUUAUCUUAUUAAAUUCCAAAAACUCCAGUGUGCAAGGGUGGCCAAGAAAAAAAUGGAUGAACGAAGUUUCUUUGGUAGUUUGCUGCAUGUGUGCUAUGCUCCAGAAUUUGAAACAGUCCAAGAAACCAGAGAGAAGUUGCAGGAUAGAAGAAAAUACAUAGCAAAAGCAACGAAUCAGAGAGAUUGCUUUGUGUUAAAGAAAGCAGAGGGACCACAGAAGACUGUCUCAAAGAACCCUGACCCUCAAUGGAGUACACCGGGGUCAUGGGCAGCUGGGGACUCGGAUCCAUCCUGCUUUGCAAGUUGUCAUGGAGUAUCCCAAAACACAGGGUAUCCCGCUGGGAAUCAUAAUCAGAGUUUGACAUUUCCCCAGUAUGGGGACAGCUGUGCUGAAACUUCUGGGUGUUUUGGUCAAAACACAUCCCUGUGUCUAAAUACACAACCAGGAGGUUGUGCUCCACCAAGAGCAGCUCCAGUAGACAACGGAGUGGGGAGGUUCCUGCCUCGUACAACUCACCUGCAGGAACGCAAGAGGAAGAGAGAAGAAGGUAACAAGGUUUCCCUCAUGGGAACAAGUGUGGACAAUACAGAAGUCAUUAUUGGGCCCCAGCUACCAGAAAUACCAAAAGUGGAUAUGGAUGAUGCUUCACUGAACAUGUCAGCUACACUGAUUAGAAAUAAAAUGAAAGAGGUAGCAGAUUCUGUUUCAAGAACAUCUGUGGAACAGCCAGAGAGUAACUCAGCCAAACCACUUGCAAAGCAGAGAAGAAGAAUAUAGAUCCUGCUGGCAGCAUCUUUCAACAGUCCUUUUAAAAAGGAUGUAGUUUAAAAUACCUUUAAUGUAAAAACUAGAACAAUUUUAUACUCUAUUUCCAAGCAAUUUCCUGCUAAAAUUGUAUCAAUUUGUUUAUUGGAAUCAACAAACCAGUGUAAUGUUUUAUUGUUGCACUCUUGUACUGUGUACCUCACACCAUAUUUCAUAAAUUAUGGAAGAACUGUAUUUAGGUAACGUAAGUAAAUUCUAUAUUUAUUUCCCAGCUUUUCCAGUAAAGAAAUACUGAAAC